AUGUACGUACUUGCUGUAUCGUUAAAGUUUUUUUUUUUUUUCAAAUUUCAUUUACAUAAGAAACUUCAGAUUAUUUAUAUACUUCAGAUUAUUUAUAUACUUCAGGUUAUUUAUACACUUCAGGUUUUCUUACACGCCAUGUUUUGGCGUAAACAUUUAACAGUUCUCACUUGUCCGGGCUCUAGAAUUGAAUGUAUAGGGGUUAGUCAUACCAACGUUUUUAAUCACAGAUCAUUUUGUUCUUUAAAACCAAAUAAAAAUAACAAAUCGGUUCACAAGAGUAAUGAAUCGUCAACAAAAGGACACGACAGCGUUCGUACAGACUUCAAAACCUCGAUUAUUAUCCCAUCAACGUCAUUGAAUAUCGGGCUAUUUGAGUUUAAAAAGCAAUUUUCCCUUUUGAAUGAUGGUACGAUACCAUCACGGAAACUAGGUGAAUUCAAAGAAAGUAUAGAUAAGUUAAUAUUACAAGCAACAUAUGAUAUCGAUCUGCAGUUGAGAUCAAUAAAACCAAUUAUAGUACAUUCUUUAUUAAAUCUUCCAGAUGAUGAUUUUGUUGAAUUGCUGAUUUACCUACUGUCAAAAGGGAUUACUAUUUUGGAUAAUCAAGUAUCAUUGAGAGUUACAGAAAUUAUGAGAUCGGGUAAUUUAACACUUAAGUACAAAAUAAUAUUUGGAGUGUCAAAGAAAGACGUAAAUUUAUUAUCUUUUAGGGCAUCUUUACCCCCAUUAUAUCGGAAAGUAAUGCAAAAAUCCUUCUCCCCUAAGGUUAUUCAAAGCAUUAUCACAGAUGUUUACCUCCCGCUCCGAGAUAGAUCCAAAAUAUUAGAGUAUUUGGGAAUAUUGGAAGAUAUAAUGGAAAACACCGAAUAUAAAAGGUUUGCGGAUAGUGUUAAAUGUGUGCUAUUUGACCUGAAGAUACCUAUUGCAGCUUACAAAAUGGAAAGUAUAUCUAAUAACAAAAAAUUUGAUGGUUUCCUUAAGUAUCUCCUUUCGUUGCCGUCCACUUUAUUAGAUAUUAUGUUUGAAAAGUUUAUCCUUUCAAAUUUUGAAAAAGUUACCUCAAAGACUUUAUUUCUUUAUAUAUCUUUAGUUUAUGGCGACGUAUCAAAAUGUUUUCCUUCAUUAAUUGGAUAUUCAGAUAUAGAAUCUGUUAACUACGAAGGCCAUAAAAGCAGAUCUACAAUAGCAAAAGAUACACAACAAAUACCAAUCAAUAUAUAUUACUUAUUUUUCCGGAAAACGAUUUCAGAGCUUAGAGUUCAAGUUUUGAAGAAUCUAAUACAUGAUGUCUCUAUUUUGGGGCCCACUAAUGAAAUAACAAAAUGUUUCAAUUUUGCGUUAUUUGAAUUAGCAAUUGAACUCAAGGACACCAAGAAAAACUUCCAUAACUAUGCGAUGGACUACCUAUCUCAUACAGAUUUUAGACCUCCUAGAUUUGCUGCUCUUCCCAUUAUCGACCUCAAAUCUUACUAUUCCAAUGACACCGCACAAUUAUUGAAUAUAAUGGACACAUAUGGUAGUGACAGGUUUUUUACUCUAGAUACAGACGACGUCAAAGAAAUGUUUCAAGACCUUAGCAACCCAGAGAAAGACCAAUUUAUUCACAUCUUAAUGAAACAUAAAUUUAGUUUACCUGACGGUUCUAUCAUGGAACAAUGGAUCGAGGAAAAGCCCGAAAGGAUACAGUAUUUAGUACCAGAUGAUUGUGACGUUAAUUCCAUCAAGAAGAUAAUAAGUUUGCUAACACCCGUUCAAAUGUUUAGAUUGAUUACCAAGUAUAAUGAAAAUUUUCCUAAACAUACUGAAAUUCUCAAGGUUUUGGAAAGUUUUAAUUAUAAUAUUGAAUAUCAUUAUGCAGCAUUAUCAGCUUUGAAAAUACCAAAUGCAAAGGCAUACACGCAACUCAAAACCUUAUCUGACUACUUACACGCCGAACAUCUCAUAGAUAAGGUCACUGAAGAACAGCGACUAAGACUUUACAAUAUUUUCAUAAAAAACUGUAUUCAAUCGAACUUUGCAUCUGGAAUCAUAUGUGCAUCGACAAUAGUACCGAGUUAUAGGGACCAAACAGAUACAAUUGUUAAACUAACUUCCUAUGUGAAACCUAAACGGUUGCUACCAGUCUCAGGAAAGCAUAAACUACCUGUAGACAUAUUCAUGGUAGCCUUAAAAAGCUCUCUACGAAAUGCCGAAUCAGAUUUCAAUAUCAUUUACUGGUAUAAAUUGUGCAUGUCCUAUGCAAGAAGCAUAGAAAAAGUUGAAGAAAAGGUAAGAUUUCGGCAAGAAGUGUUUGGAUUGUUGCAGAGCGAGAUCGUAACCAAAGGGUCAAGUCCCAUGAUACUUUACAAACUAUAUUCAUAUGCGGAGAGUGAUGCAUUCAGCCCAGAUUGGAAAUUAAAAGUAGAUAUGAGUGAAACUUUGGAAAAGUAUUUUAAAGAGAGCUUACUGAAAAAUGAUAAAAAGUCCGAAUAUUCCAUUGUCGAAACCCUUUCAACAGUUGCAAAAUAUGAAUCUGACAUCACACUUUCAGCUGACUUAAUAUCUUCACUAUUUGGAAAAGUUCCUGACAAAGAAAAAAUAUUUUUUAUUAAACUGUUGAGAAACAUGUCACACACAGUUCCUUAUGUUGAAAAAAUUGGAUCAUUUCUUCACUCCGAAUUUCGAAAAAAGAACCCUGAUGUAUACGACCUAUUAGGCCUUGAUAUCUCUAAUCCGUUGAUUAAUAGUCCCACAGCAAAGCGUACCAAGUGGAUGAAGUUUGAUAAUAGAUAUUUUUCUCCUUUAAUCGAACAAUUCAUGCAACGCUUUAUUAGUAAGGAAAAAAAUAUUUCUAUCAAAGGUAUGAUGCAAGAUUCGUUGGGAUAUAUGGACUACAGUAAAGAUACAAUAAAGUGCCUGAAGUUUUAUGAACUGUAUCAUAGCGUUUUUACGUUCAGAGGGAAAACUUGCGACUUAAAAGGCUGUGAUAUUGAUGAGUUUGUUUCUGAGUGCAAACAGGUAUUUAAUGGAUCCGAAGACAUACUUCCACCAUAUUUACUCGAACCAUUUAUGUUACAUUUUCUAUACACACGGAGCCUUUCGUAUGAUCUUCAAACAAUGGUUAAAAUGAUAUACAUUAUAAAUAAUGGUGAUGCGAAUUUCGGAAAAAGUGGACUUUGGAAUAUAAUUAAUUCGGAUGAAAAGCAACGUUUGGAAGCAUAUUUUACAGAGGUACCAAGGUGCUUUGAUACUUUUGUUGAAUCAAACGUCGUAUUGUUAUACAAUAUCCUAUUUUCAAUUUGCAAGAACUCACAAGAUCUUUCCACUAGUGAGCUAAUGUACAUUAUUGACUUUUCGGAAUAUUUAUUGCGAAAGCCUUUUAUGUCCAAAAAGGCGAAGUUCAACAUUAUGAAUUGUGUUUUCAUACUUGUUGGUAAACAUUCGGAUUUAUUAUCAAUAUUCUACAAGAGGAUGAUCACGAUUCUCCCAGAGUAUAAAGUUUCUAAACUUUUGAUUACAGAUCUUUUAUAUUCAGCCACUAUGAAUGACUUCGUAAACAUAGACUCAAUUCUGACGUAUCUGAUUAAAAGCAAUGAUAAUGUGUUGAUGAAUCAGGCAUGUGAAUCAGUGAUAAAAAGAUUGAUGGAAGAAGAUCAAAACGUCAUUGCACAGGAACUAUAUGUGAAGUACACACAACUAGUUCCUCGUUUCAAAAUCAAAGACAUAGAUCAGAAUAUGUCUUGGGCAAAGGCAAGUAAGCCGAAUAUUCAUGUCGAUUCUGGUUCUGAGGUUAGUAUGCAGAUAAACAGGUUCAAAGUCAAACUAUAUGAUUACGAGAAGCUAACCAAAUGA